GGAGACUCGGACAGUGGGCAUAGCCAGUGCCUUUCUUCUUCACGAACCAACCUCCAUAAUGGCUGACACAAAGCGUACAAAGAGCAAAUCGGAACGGGAACACAAACACAAGCGGAAACACAGGUCGGACAAGGAAGGCAGCAGCAAGAAGGCGCGGAAAGAGGAUGGCGAACACAUACACAUUCUGGACGAGAGCGCCAACGAUGAUGAUAUGUGGGAGGAGAAGAACAUAGACAUGGAUGGAGAGAAGCCUCUUGCAACCACAAUACCUACCGCGGAGAGUCUGAAAUUGACGUCGCGCGCUGAGGUCAAGCCAGACGACCCCCCGCUUCCAGCUCCCGUUCGGGCAGAAACUACACUACAACGGGACGAAUGGAUGCUUAUGCCCCCAUCAACGCCUGAGGUCGCCUCUCGCAAGCCCGAUAUUGACGACGCACCCUUGACCGAGGGCUAUGGAGAGUCUUCGCAGAACGCGCGUAAGGUGGCCGGCAACCUCGACUUCUUCUCUAGCCUUGGUACCGAGCACAAGAAGAAGCCACAACCGGAUCGUCCUGACCCUGACAAGCCUUAUAUUAGCCACAGGGAGCUGAACACAGCUCUCAAGGAAGGGAAGAGCAUCGACGAAAUGCCUACUGCAACACCGAAAGCCAGCACUCCAGGCGGCCCCGGAUCACAAUGGCGCAUGAUGAAACUGCGUCGCGUGUACGAACAAGCCGAUGAGGAGGGCAAAGCAGUGGAGGAAGUCGCGCUUGAACGAUUCGAGUCUUUCGAAGCAUUUCACGAGGCUCAGGAAGAACGGCGUGUUCUCGAUGAGCGUGAAGGCCGGCGCGCAAGUAGGGGUGGAAGCACGGAUCGGAGGGACAAGGGUAAACGGAGGAUGGGCAAGGACGAGUAUGCACCGGGCGAGACGCGCCUGAUGUUCACGGACGUUGGCGGAAGUGCCAUGAGCGGUAGGAGCACGUCGUUCCGCCGACCAGACCUAGGUGCAGGCAGUGCCGGACCUGCGACACCGACCCCAGAGACGAGGACCAACCAAGGGAAGUAUGACACACUGCGGUUGUCGUCUCAAGGGACCCCUUCCACAUUGUCUCACACUCCCAUCCCAUCUGUCAUGACGCCAUCGGCGUCCCUCGCAGCUUCGCUUACUGGGUCAGGUCGUGCGCUCUCCCCUUCGUCUCUAAACCGUCUCCAAGCCAAGGUUUUACGUGCGAAGCUCAUAGGAGCGUCCGAGGCGGAGUCCCUGGAGAAGCAAUACGAGGAGGAGCUACGGAAGGCGAAUGGCAGUGGUGAACGAGACGGUGUCCGGACCAAGGUCGAGGUUCUCCCUACGCUCGACAUCCGCGGCAACCUCUAUGACGUUGGUCAAGGCAAGGAGGACGCCCCGAUGCCAUCCGGGAACCGCAAGAAGAGGGAGCAGCAGUUCGAGAGCCAUGACCGCAAGACGGGCGAGCAGAUUCGAAUAAAUGCGGAUGAUGACUCCAUUACCCUGGGCGAGAUGCUCAGACAGGAGCGUAUGCGCAAUGGUCCUGCGGAUCAGAAGAACAUGGAUAUGGAGUACGCGAAGCAGAUCAUGACAGACAGUGGUUUCAAGGCCGACAAUGAUUAUAUGGACGACAACGCGGAGAAGCUAGGUAGGAAGAAGAUGCGCUCAGACGCCAUGAAGCGUCAGUUUGCUAUCAAUGAUUACAAGCGAACACAGAAGGUCCUCUCGACCUGUCCUUUCUGCUUCGGUGAAAACGACGAGAUGCCGAAGGCUCCCAUCAUCGCUAUGGGGACCCGAGUCUACCUAUCGUGUACUCUCACCGAAGAGCUGGUAGAUGGGCACUGCCUUAUUGUGCCCAUACAACACCAUUUGACCAUGCUUGAGGGCGACGAUGAUGUUUGGGACGAAGUGCGAAACUUCAUGAAGUGCCUGAUGCGGAUGUACGCGGAAGAGGACAAGGGUGUCAUCUUCUACGAGACGGUCAUUAACAUCAAGUGGCAGAAGCAUACCUGCAUCGAGUGUGUGCCACUUCCUUGGGAGCACUUCGAACAAAUUCCUGGCUACUUCAAGGAAUCCAUCCUUAUGUCCGAAGCCGAGUGGUCACAACACAAGAAGCUCAUCGACUUCUCAGCGCGCCCCGGAGGUUUCCGCCGUGCUAUGGUACCCAACCUACCCUAUUUCAUGGUUCAGUUCGACUACAAGGGCGAGAAGGGGUACGGUCAUGUCAUUGAAGGGACUGGAGACGCUGGUGUCACCGGGGACGUGGGAGACGAAGACUUGGACGAUGGGGAGAAGGGUGGUGGCGAGUUUCCUAGGUACUUCGCUGGGGAGAUCGUCGGUAACCUCCUAGAUCUUGAGCCUCGCAUAUGGCGUCACCCAAGACGUGUUGACUCCUAUCAAAACAAACAACGGGUGGCCAAGUUCAAGCAGAAGUACGACAAGUAUGACUGGACUGGUAUGAUCGGUAGAUCAUGACAGUCGGUCGCUGUUCUUCCUUGUUCAUUCUACGUAUCUGUACCAUGCGACGGCUAGUUUCGCCUGAUUGUAUCUCUGUAUUGUAUCAACCUGUGGUAAUGCUGCAACACUACUCCUCAUGUCGCUGUCUAGGAACCCAUAGCUAGUCAACGGCCACAGCUGCCUGCGACUCAGCUGUCUCCUCGGAUGCGCUCAUCGAAAUCACACGCGUACGCGUGCCUUCAGUGAUCAGCUGUACAUGC